GUUUCCCAGUUUGCGCUGGCAGAGCACUAUCGUAUGAAUGUGUUUCUCGUGGCCGAAGAUGUUUGCCCUUGCCAGGAGCUGGCGAUGGCAAAAGAGGCCAUCCAGAAGUUGCAGGACGCAGCUGCGAGCACGGCUGAGACACAUGCCAGCGAGCAGCAGGAUGCCAUGGCCAAGAUCGAAGAACUGACCGAGAAGGUAUCCGUAUGGCAGACAGAGCAUGUCGCGGCAGUUGAACGAGGUGAUUCCUUGGAGGCCAAAGGCAAGGAGGACACCGACAAUUUCACGUCCCAGCUGGAGCAGCUGCGUGCUGAGCUGUCGGCAGAGCAGGAAGGGCGUUCUUCCGAUGCUUCCAAUGCAGUUGCCGCUGCUGACGAGCUCAAUGCUACAAUCAAGCGCUUGCAGGACACAGCUGCGAGCACGGCUGAGACACAUGCCAGCGAGCAGCAGGAUGCCAUGGCCAAGAUCGAAGAACUGACAGACAAGGUAUCCACAUGGCAGGCAGAGCAUGCCGCGGCAGUUGAACGAGGUGAUUCCUUGGAGGCCAAAGGCAAUGAGGACACCGACAAUUUCACGUCCCAACUGGAGCAGCUGCGUGCUGAGCUUUCGGCAGAGCAGGAAGGGCGCUCUUCCGAUGCUUCCAAUGCAGUUGCCGCUGCUGAGGAGCUCACUGCUACAAUCAAGCGCUUGCAGGACACAGCUGCGAGCACAGCUGAGACACAUGAAAGCGAGCAGCAGGAUGUUAUGGUCAAGAUCGAAGAAUUGACCGAGAAGGUAUCCGUGUGGCAGACAGAGCAUGUCGCGGCAGUGGAACGAGGUGAUUCCUUGGAGGCCAAAGGCAAGGAGGACACCGACAAUUUCACGUCCCAACUGGAGCAGCUGCGUGCUGAGCUGUCGGCAGAGCAGGAAGGGCGCUCUUCCGAUGCUUCCAAUGCAGUUGCCGCUGUUGACGAGCUCAAUGCUACAAUCAAGCGCUUGCAGGACACAGCUGCGAGCACGGCUGAGACACAUGCCAGCGAGCAGCAGGAUGCCAUGGCCAAGAUCGAAGAACUUACCGAGAAGGUAUCCGUGUGGCAGACAGAGCAUGUUGCAGCAGUGGAACGAGGUGAUUCCUUGGAGGCCAAAGGCAAGGAGGACACCGACAAUUUCACGUCCCAGCUGGAGCAGCUGCGUGCUGAGCUUUCGACAGAGCAGGAAGGGCGCUCUUCCGAUGCUUCGAAGGCUGCUGCGGUCGUGGAAGGACUUAAUGCCACGAUCCAGCGCUUGCAGCAUGACCUGUCUGAUGGGGAUGCUGCCCGGGAGCAGUUGUUGAAGGAGGCGACUGACAAGGCCAACAGCCUAUCGCAAGAGCUUGAUGACUGGAAGUCGGAGUUUGCCAAAGCUACGGAAGCAGCGCGGGGAGCCUCCGAAGAGGCUGCCAAAGAGAAAGCCCAACUUCUCCAGUCCUUAGAGCAGUGGCGCGCCGAAUGCGCCGAGGAAGUGUCACUCAAGGAGGCCAAAGAAAAGGAGGCCGCCCGGUUGGUGGCACAG